GCUCCACUUCGAAGGUAGGCGGUGACAUGAUAGCGGUUCGUUUAUAAUCUACAGCAUCCACAAACAUGCUCUCAGCAUUGUUCUUUCUGCCACAUACACCACCAGCUACCCAACGUCUUAAGGCAGCGGAUUCGGAGGACAGACAGUCCAGCAUGUGUGUCUUCACUUUUACGUAUUUCGAAUGCGGCCACAGAGGCGAAGAUCACAUCGACACGAGCACAUGCAAAUACUUCAAAAGGACUGGCGUCCACUGCCAGGACGACAACCCGCAACACAGGCUCAGACCGGGGGGCACUACGAUCGAAGUCAAGAAGAGUAAGGAACCAGGAAAUUGUGUUAAAUGCUUUCGAGUGGAGCAGGAGGCAAUAGCACGCGCCCUAGAUGAAUCGAAGAAAACCGCCGACGAAGAGGAGAAACGUCGACAAGAGCGCGAACGUGCGGAGCAUGAGGCGCGACGGAAACAGAAGCGCGCAGCAGACGAGGAGAGAGCAGACAAUGUAGAAAAAGCGCGUCUGGCGAAAGGCCGUCAACAAUUCGAGCAGAAUGAGGCCGAACAGAAGAGGAAGCGAGAUGCCAAGAUAAGGGCUGCUGCUGCUGAGAAGCGGCGUCAGGAGGACGCUGACAAGAAAGCGAAACGGGACGCGAAACAGAAACAGGAGAAACAGGACGCAGACUUAGCAGAGAAGCGGCGACAGCAGGAGCUCGCUGAGGCUAGGGAGCAAAUAGCGAGAGAAGAUGAGCUUGAGCAGGAGCGCAAGCGGCAAGAGAAGGUGAAGAAGAACGCCGAGAGAAAAGAAGCCGAGCACCAGGAGUCUCUCAGGCGAUUGAAAGAAGACGCAGACCGCAAGCGAGCUGAAGAUAAUAAAGCUGAACGACGGAGGGCUGCUGCUGAAGAGCGAAGACGCGAAGAAUCGGAGCUCGAGCGUCGGCAGAGAGAAAUCAAUGCCCAGAACGUGGCCCUGGAGAAAGCGGCACAGGAAGCAGAGGAGGGAGAAGAAGACGCCGAGCAUGCAAAGAGGGUCGCACAGAUGGAAGCAGACGUCAAGGCCGCUGAGAGAGAAUUGCAGCGGAAGCUGGCACAACGCAGGGUCGUAUCCGAGACCGAGCCAACUUCUCCAACACCAACAGAGCAAGCACUACCGCUUUCGAGACUAACAUCACCUUCAACUAGAUCCUCUGUUGACUACGGUGUGGUGAUUGGCCACCACGGACCUCAAGAACUCGGCCACGGUAUGCUCGGUGGUCGACGCAUACCACUCCACGAAUCGCAAAAACGGCCCGAACCACUCAAGACCCCGAUUUCACCGCCGAUUAAGCGUGGUCCAGCAGCUAUCAACCGCCUCGGAGGGACCAUCGAUUCUAGCCCGUAUGACUACAAAAUCCAACAGCCUAGUCUCGUCGCCACACCUGGUAUGCCAACGCCGGACUGGAGGAAGAACGCCCGACCAACAUCAGCCUCAAGAAGCAUUCCUACGCCCGAGCCGACCGGCGCGACUUUCGAACUCGAAGCUCGGUUGGCCAAACGGAGAGCUUGGGAGGCUGAGCAGGAGAAGCUCGAAGCAGAGAAGACCGAGCCAGACUGGGAGAUAGUGAACCAACCGGCCAACUCUUCAGCCAUUCCAACGAAACCCACAUCUCCUGCGCUGCAGGCACCGACAAUGUCAACCUCUCCCCCGCCAACAUAUCCUGUCGUCCCUCCUCUCGCGCACCCAAAGCUAGGAUUCGCUACCCCUUCCCCUUCCCCGGCAAUAUCAAAACCCAAGCCUCCAGUCCCGGUCAAGCGCAUACCCAGCACAUCUUCCCCAUCGCAGAUGCCCUCCAUCCCCACACCUCCACCGCUACCGUCCCUGCCAACACGACUCCGUAUCGACUCUGCGGCACCAUCGCCACAGGUUGGGAGUAAGAGGGGCGACGAUUGGGAUGAUGACGAGAGCGAGGACGAAGACAGGUUUGGUAACGACGGUGCGUGGGAUGAUAAAAUGACGAGGAAGCAGUUCUCGGCUGAAGAUGUGUUUGGAGAGCAGAGGAGGAAGGGGUGGAGGAUGGAAUGAUGUGUUGUUCAGGCCGACGUAAACUGCACGGUGCCUCAGUCAUAUAGAAUUCUCUAAUCGGGGACCCACCCAGGAAAGUGUUGCUGCCACAAUGUUCUAUUAUUUGGUAUUAUCUGGAGUCAUGAAGAGUUGGUGGUUGCCUCGAUAACAGAUGGAAAUUAUCGUACCGGCGCUCAAUUAGAACAUAACUACUUGGGCAAUCCAGCCUCUGGCUAAUUCUUUCUCAACGCAGUCUUGCCUGGGCGAUGGUUCGCGAGCUAUUUUGACCUAGGCAUAAGUGCGUGUACUGUGUGAGCUUUAUAUUCUAAAGCUUCGAAGUUACGC